GAAAAUUUUCAGUAAGGGUUAUCCCCGGCGCUCUUGUUAACUUGUCCAUUGACGACAAAGGGCUAGCUGGAAGUGAAGCGUAGUCGAAAAAUCCGUGACAGUGACAUUGAGAGGAUUGGCGUUACGGGAUAUGACAUUGGGCUUCCUCGUGAACAUGUCGAGAGGGAGUUGGAAAAACUUUACUCGCAAUUCUUCUCUCUGGAGGUAUGCUUUUAUUUAUUUUGUGGGAGAAGGCGCAGCAGACAAGGCGUUACAACUUAAUGGAAGUGACAUGGGAGGAUGGACUGUCGAUGCUGAGGCCUUGCCCUUUCCUGAAGAAGACGACAAUUACGUUGCAUUUCAGGUUAAAGGAUAUGAUACUUCGCUUAGUAAGUCUGAUAUCAAGUGCGAGUUGAGUAAACUUUUCUCUUCGUGUGGAAAGAUUGAUGAUGUCAGGAUUUACGAGGGCUUCUCUAUAGUGUAUCUAGUGGGGAAAGACGCAGUAGACGAGGCCCCAAAGCUUAGUGGGACCGACAUGGGAGGGGGGCACAAAGUAGUUGUUCGGUUUGUUGCUUACCAUGGAAGAACCAUUGUCCACCCCCGCCGCCACAAAGGCCGCAUCAUUCGUGGCCGCCCAAGUACGCAUACGUAAAUAUGUUUUUGAUUC